AAAAGUGUUGUACAAAUAGAAAAGAAGUGUGACAAGGGUGAGUGAGGAUGGAAGAGAUUCCGGAGAGAACCGAACUGCGGAGAAUUCAGCGAGAGCAAGAGAGGGAGAGGAGGCGGAUACGGGAUCGGCAGAGGAGGCAAGCGAUGACGCAAGAACAAAGGGAAAGACACCUUGCGCGACGAAGAAGAAACUAUCAACUUCGGAGACAAAGAGCGGCGAGUGCGAAUGCAAAUGCUAGUAAUGUCAAUGUUCCUUUCAUUCCUCUUCCUCCUAAUAAUCCUCUUGGUCUAGAAUCAAGUGCUGGUGAAGCUAGUACUAGUGAUGAAUUUCAAGGUGUGAAUUCUUCUACUUCACUAGACCAUAGAGUUCUUAGUCAUGGUAUUGGUAUCCCUCAUCAAGGACAAGAAACAUUGAAUUUGGGAACAAAGGUUUCUCAUGGUUCAUCUAACGUGGAAACUCUAGUUUAUAAGCUAGAUAACUCACCAAGGUUGCGUCUGAAACAAAUUAGACAUCUUGCAAGAAAUCUUACAGAUUUAGUGGUUGAUUCUGCGGGUGGUACUAACCAGGUUGCAGUUGAAUUGAAAACAAAUGAAGAUGGUGAAGUUUGUUCCCUAGGUACCAAGGCAAAAUCCUUGCGUUUGAACUCAGUGAAGCGUCUUGCUAGAUCAGUUAAUAGUCUGCCCAAAGAGACUGAAAUUCAGAAAGACAACAAUUUGUCUUCAGAAGGAGUUCAAUUACAAGAUAAUGAAAGCUCUAUGGUCACUGAUUAAAGAGAAAGUGAGGGGCUCAUUCAAAGCUAUUUUUUA